CACAGCUACUAUGAGCGGUCGUGUCAGUCGGAUGCUUCGGGCGAGCAUUUUCGCGUAAACUAAUUGAUUUCUUCUAAUUAAAUUAUAGUGAAUCAUUGUGUUAGCGAUGCAGAAGUGAUGUGAGCCAUGCGAAUUAAUAUUGUGCAAAGAUUAAUACAAAAGACUUCAAAAUAGGGGGUGUGAGAGGAAAACAAAAAUGGCCUCGGGAGAUACUGACCACAUAGAAGUUAUGGAUAGUUCCGCCUCAAAAAAGUCGGAAAACGCCACCGGACCGUCUGGAUCCGAGGACGAUGAUCGUGAUAGAAGUUCGAUUGCUGAGAAAAAUGUACCUUACGACCCGGCGGUCGGGCCCUUGGGGGCCAUUAGCAAGGUGCACAAGUCUGACCGCAAGAUUGGUCACCGCCGCGUCGGUGAGGGCGGCGAGAUCACCUACAAGAAAAUCCAGUCUUCACAGAUUAUGGGCUCCAUUCAGCUCGGCAUCCAGCACGCCAUCGGUGGACUAGCGUCGAAACCGGAACGAGAUCUCCUAAUGCAAGACUUUAUGACAGUGGAGACGACGAAUUUCCCACACGAGGGGUCGAAUCACACGCCUGCGCAUCACUACUCGGAGUUCAAGUUCAAGACUUAUGCGCCAAUUGCAUUCAGAUACUUCAGGGAUCUGUUUGGGAUACAACCUGAUGACUUUCUGAUGUCGAUGUGCAGCGCGCCAUUACGCGAACUGAGCAACCCUGGUGCUUCCGGCAGCAUAUUCUACCUGACCAAUGACGAUGAGUUCAUCAUCAAGACAGUGCAACACAAGGAGGGGGAGUUCCUGCAGAAACUGCUGCCAGGGUACUACUUGAACCUCGACCAGAAUCCGCGCACGUUACUGCCAAAAUUCUUCGGUCUGUACUGCUACCAGUGCAACAGCAAAAAUGUCCGGCUCGUUGCCAUGAACAACAUACUCCCUUCGUCUGUCAAACUGCACCAGAAAUACGAUUUAAAGGGGUCCACGUACAAGAGAAAGGCAAACAAAUCGGAGCGCACGAAAGCGUCACCCACAUACAAAGACCUGGACUUCAUGGAGCACCACGCCGAGGGGAUACUGCUGGAGGCCGACACUUACACAGCGCUCAUCAAGACUAUGCAGCGCGAUUGUCGGGUGCUGGAGAGCUUCAAGAUUAUGGAUUAUUCGUUACUAGUGGGCAUCCACAAUCUGGACGAGGCUCAGCGCGAAAAAAUAGAAGCCAGGAGACGCACGGACUCCGGCCACAGCGACGGCGACGACGAGCCGCGGAGGGGGCUCAACAGAACUAGAUUGGACCCGGGCAAGGAGGAUUUUGGGGCCCAUGUUAAACGGACACAGUCGAUCAACCGGCAGCGGCUGGUGGCGCACUCCACGGCCAUGGAGAGCAUCCAGGCUGAAAGCGAACCCAUUGACGAGGAGGACGACGUGCCCCCCGGCGGUAUUCCGGCCAGGAACGCGCGCGGGGAGCGACUGUUGCUCUUCUUGGGUAUCAUCGACAUCCUCCAGUCAUACCGACUCCGAAAGAAGCUGGAACACACGUGGAAGAGUAUGAUACACGACGGGGACACAGUAUCGGUGCACAGGCCAAGUUUCUACGCUCAAAGGUUUCUGGACUUCAUGGGCAAGACUGUUUUCAAGAAAAUACCUUCGUUGGACCUACCGGAGAUCAAAGGGAACCACAGGAAGUUCCGAACCUUGGUCACCAGCUACAUAGCGCUGAAACAUUCACCGUCGAAACGAAAGAGCAUCGCCAAGCCGGCCAGACCUCAGGACGAAGUCGAGACUACUGGCGCCGCAGGUUCCAGCGUGGGCACAGGUGCUAAAGCAGUGUCUCUAUCUGACGUCACAGCGCAUAUAAUACCUACGUCCUUGACGUCACCUGUCGCAACUGCGGCUAAAAUAUCUGUAGCGACGUCCAAGACGGCCACGUCAGAACCGGACGUAGCUUUCCCAGCUGUACUAAAAGGCUCCCAAAAGCAACGGGUGCCGCCACCCGUUCCUCCUAGGGGCUCCCCCAAAGCUAAGCGUGGAGGAGCCAACUCUCAAUCUUCCAGUAUCGAUACCAAAGCAGCGGCGCCACUGUCGUGCUGCUCCACCCCGCCGCCCCCGUUCGAAGAAGCCCCACCCCCCCGCACGUCUAGAACUAACUCGUCGUCAACUACAUCGUCAAGCGCGUCAGGCAGACGCCGCGGUGCGUCAAGCGCAGCGAGCGUUAUGACCACGUCUUCGGCGUCAUCGCUUGCCUUGACGCCGGCGGCGUUAAGCAGUGCUAGGAGCAAUGAAGCGAGUGUUUGUUGGACCCCUCCCGCGUCGGUAGAGGGCUCCACGCCUACUUGGACGGAGGGCACGCCUAGCUUCACCGAAUCUAGUAGUAGUGAACAAGGCUAUCCAAUAACCCCGGCCCGCAGUGAAGGCCGGCGGUCCCCCCGCCCCCCGCCGCCGCCCGCGCGCGUCGCGCCCCCCACCACUAUCAACUGCCUCACUAGUGAAGUGAUGGAAAUAGCUCACCUUACUGCGGAGACGUCCCAUGUGACCAUAUCUUCGUACGAAGUUCAACAACAUAGUAUUAAAAGUGAUAAAUAUUCUUAAAACAUAAAAUACAAUAUCACUUUUAAAUAUUUAUAUUAAACACAUUCUGACAUGAUUUUAUUCCUGUUAUAAAAUUUAUUUCUUUCAUAUCGAAUGUGUUAUUGCUAAGACUGGUGUCAGAUUUUUAUUAAGUCUCCUAAAGUCACCUGCCAUUACUUUUGCGACUACCUAACGCCAUCUAGUGGCAAGUAGCCGCAUACACACUUGUGAACUAAACAGUCCACCAAUGUGUAGGUUUCCUCACGAUGUUUUCCUUCACCGGAAGCAAUUGGUGGUCUAUGAAAACACAUGAGUCAGACUGGUAUACAAACUCAUGUGGCACAAGUAGUACUCGAACUUGGGACCUUUCGAUCAUCAUCUAUCAUCAUGUCAGAAUAAGUGAAAAAUAUUGUUUAUUGAUAAAAUGGGUCAUUCUGUGUUAAUAUUUAUCAGUGUAUUGUAAUGUUUGUAAUCGCUUGUUGAGUCAACUUAAAAUAUUAGAAAUGCAAAGCUGAAAACUCAUUACCUAUUAAUUAAUUUCAAUUAUAUAAAUAGUUGAUCGUAUGGCAGCCCCAAAUUAAGCCAUUGAGUUAGCCAUUUUGUGGCAAGACAUUUGACUCUUCUCUACAUCGACGCGCAAAGAUGAAUUGUGAACAUUCAAGUUAAUUUUACAUCAGUUUUAUUAUGUAAUCUUUUUAAUGUGGUCUAUUAAUUUUGAUCUUAUUGUCUUUUUCAAAUUUCCUGUUUUGUCAAUAUAAGAUUUUUCAACAAUUGUAUUUCAAAUACUGGGUACAAGUGUACUAGUGAAAAUUUAAUAUCUUUUCUACUAUUCAAAUUUAUAUCAGUAUUUGUUUGUUAAAAAAUUAUAAUAACAGUAGUUCCAAUUUUCCAAAUUAUUUAAUUAAGAACAACAAUAUAUGUUGUUUUUUUUUAAUUUGAAUCAAUUUAACUAUGACUAAGAAAUGAAAUAAAAUGUCACAUUGAAUUUAUUUUAAUUUAAAAUAAACUUCGGAAUAUAAUUUUGUGAAAUUUAAUCACACAUGACACUGCCAAUAACGAUAUUUAGAAAUAAAUUAAUUAUACAUACUGCCGCAUUUCGUAAACAUAUUGAACUAUUGCUCUUACUCAGAGCCAAGUAAAUAUGUUAACCUAAAUACGUUUUCUUGGUGCUAUGAGUGUAAUAAAAUGUUGAUACCUAAAACUGGCUAUGAAAAAAAAUACAUAUUAUAAUAAUACUAUUUGUGAUAGUGCCACUUGCAAAACUUAUAUAGCACAUACAUUAUCACAGUUUCUUUUUUGAAUUCUAUAUAAAGUAUCAUGUAUCUGUUCCAACGUGAUUUAAUAUUCGUAAGGAUCUUAUUAUUUGAUUUAAGUACCUACCCAGCUAUUAACACCUUAAAAUACCAUUUAUUUUGUUUCCUUAGUAUAAGUAGCCAAAUUUAAAUGCAAUGUAGUUUAAUUUUACCAUUUAAUUUAUUAUUUUAAAUUAUUUCUCGCUGUCACAUUGUUUGUAUUUUCUUGUAAAUACAAAAUUUAAUGAUUUUCGUAAUUAAAGUGUUGUCUUCGCUUCGACAUAUAUUUAUUUGGUGUUUAUACAAUCAUGUGUAGAAUAGCUGCUCAAACGGACUGUCAUAAUAUGAAUCUCAUUUUAAUUCUUUUUUAUACUGUUUUUUUUUUCAUCAACAUGCAAACUUCACAUAUUUACAUUUGAAACCAAAACUUAAGAAAUGUAACGCAAUAUUGUCGUAUUUUAUUUUGUAUACUAGAUAAAAACAUUUACUGUUUCAUUUUUUUUAAAAGCGAUGCUCAAUUUUAAUAUAACCGUAAAUACAAAAUAUUAAAUGAAAUUAAAAGUAAAAAUCGGUAAUUAUUAAUUUACCUAUCUGAAUAUUAUAUAAGGAAUGAAUUUAUAAUCAACAAUAUAAAACAAUACAGUUAAUAUGUCGAUACACAUAUACUUACUAUAACUUGUUGUUUAAUAUAAGAUACUCCUUCGUAUCGCAUUGUUGAUCGUUGCUAGCCCUUGUGUACCGUGUAUUGUUAAGAAGAAUGUACUUAUCAAUUAAAUGCGUAUGUGAAUUGUA